AUGAGUUACCCAUACUACUCUCCUCCGCCACCAUCUACGCCACCUCCUCCACCACCACCACCACCAGAUUACUACCCUGGCUAUUUUCAGCCACCUCCACCUCCACCAACUUAUGCACCACCACCUCAUUAUGGUCCAACUCCCCAAACUGAUCCAACCCAAUAUUGGACACCACCCACCACUCCAGCUCCAUCACCAACACCAACCCCUUAUAGUGAAACCCCACCAAUUUAUGUGCCUCCUCCUCCUCCUCCAAAUGCUUUCCCACCAUCAUUGUCUCCUCCAUCUGGGGGUCACAACACAGCUUUAAUAGCUGUUGGUGUCUCUCUAGGCGGUGCUUUCUUCCUUGCAUUCCUUUUAGUCGGUCUCUUCUGCUUAGCCAAGAAAAAGAAGCAGAGGCCAGUUAUGGUUCCUGCACCAGUUUGUAUUGAGGAAGAAGAACGAGUCCAUGAAACAAUAGCAACCGGUCCAUAUGGCGAGCAAACAGUGACAAUAGAAGAUGAUGUCCGAAUUCAUGAAGCUGUGGGUACUAGUAGUGGUAUUGGUUUGCAUGGAGGAGGACCUCCGUCUGAACCAGAGGUACCUGGGGCUCACACUUAUCCUCCACCGCCACCAGGACCGUACCAACAUUACUAA